ACAUUAGCCACAACAGUUUUAUUGGUGGUUAUUGUAACGCACUCAAAAUCGAUUGAAUUUUUCUUAAAAGGUGAGAAAAAAUGCAAUAAUUUUCUACGUUGGUGAAUAAAAGCGAUAAAAUGACAACAGUAAAAUAUAGUUUAAUCCUCCUCUUCUUAAUUAAAUUACCCUUUACGUGUGGCAGGAUACACCAACUGGAAGUUGAGAAUGACUCACGCCGCUACAUCGGCUUAAGCACUUUCGGCUUUUAUAACGGGGGAAAAUUGGACGUGCAACUGCAAAAUUUUAAGGCCGAACCGUUCGACGAAAACGCCAUUUUCGGCUUUAGCGUCGAUAGAACUUUGAACGACGCCACAAGCCCGUACCUGGAUAGUCACCCCGAUCGCUGCCUGCUCGAAGACCCGGUGCAUUCCGAGCACGAAGCGGCGGUCAUCUACUUCAUAAUGAAUCUCAAGGACAAAGUGCUAUACGUAAACUGCAGUCCGGAAUGGAAGAGCGUGCACAUAUACGGAAGUAGCAAGGAGAUUCCCAUGCCGAGCGUAAAGCAGGCGCUGGUGGGAAGCGGAAAUAUUUUAAUGCAGACCAGACGAAAACGUAGUACCGGCGACGAAUCCGUCGUCACGGCGAGUUCGUGCAGCAAACUGCGCUUGCCCAUUUCCAUUCGGCAUGAUGGUAAAGGACCGCCGUCUUUCAACACUAGUUUUGUUAUGCGAAUCUUGAGCAGCGCCGAGGAAGGCCUGUACAACUUGUACUUCUACAAUUGCCCCAACUACAAUACCAAGCAGGUGAAUGUCAAUUUUCGGAUACAAAUUACUGAGGAAAAUGUGGGUAAUUUUCUGUCGGCGGGCGAAAUGCAACUGCCCGCGCUCUACUGCACGAUGGCCAUAUUGUUUUUGUUGUCGGGAGCGUUUUGGGUUUUCCUGCUGCGUCAGUCGAAACAUCCGGUCUUUAAAAUUCACUACCUGAUGGCGACGCUCGUGUUUUUGAAGGCGCUGUCGCUCGCGUUUCACGGCAUGAAUUAUCACUUCAUCGAACGGUCGGGCGUACACCUAUCCACCUGGGCGGUCUUGUACUACAUCGCUCAUUUGCUGAAGGGCACCCUACUGUUUGUGAUUCUGCUACUGAUCGGAACCGGGUGGACGUUUAUUAAGCAUAUACUCGCACCUCGUGACAAACGUCUUUUUAUGGUCGUAAUUCCGCUACAAGUUCUCGCGAACGUAGCCGAAAUUAUUCUCGAGGAGAGCGAGGAGGGCGCUCGCGAACAUCGUACGUGGCGCGAUAUUUUUAUACUCGUCGACUUGCUGUGCUGCGGCUGCAUACUGUUCCCGGUAGUGUGGUCCAUCAGGCAUCUACAGCAGGCGAGCGUAACAAUUGGCAAGGUCGCGACCAGUCUGCGAAAAUUGAAAUUAUUCCAGCACUUUUACAUAAUGAUCGUGUGCUACAUUUAUUUUACUCGCAUCGUCGUCUAUUUGCUACGCAUAACGGUUCCGUUUCAAUACGGAUGGCUUGACGAAAUGUUUAGGGAGAUGGCGACGUACGUUUUCUUCGUAUUGACGGGCUACACAUUUCGACCCGCUUCUCAGAACCCUUAUUUCGCCGUACCGGACGACGACGCGGAGGAGAGCUUGGUCAUAACAGAAUCGGGCUUAACAGAGGACUUAAAAGACAUUCGCCAUAAGUCGACGUCAAAUAUGACCGAGGUGACCCAGAAGGAAAUCGAAGCCCUGUUAGAUCCAAGAGAAGGCAGUCAUGAUUAUGAUUAGAUUUUUACGAUUUCCCCCCUUCAUUUAAUUUGUACAUAAUUAAUUGUAAGAUUAGUGAUUAUUAAAUACUUUUAGCGUG